AUAAAGGAUUCCCAUGUCCUCAGGAAGCUGGUGAAUCCCAGCAGGUGCUUGAACGCAGCACACACCUGUGAUUCAUUAGGAGUCACCUGCUCAGCCCAGACUCUGAUAAACACAACAUGCGUUCCUCUGCUGGAAUUACUAAGAAAAUGAACUCUUUAAAGUUUUCGUUGCUGGUUUUCAUGCUGGUGCCUCAUAUUAUAUCGUUUGGACUUUGCGAUGAUAUUUCCUUCUCAAUAUGCUGGAUGAGCCAGGACGAUGCUCUGGACAGGCACAAUGGAAACAUAUGGCUCAACGAUACAGCACUGAAAUCCAUCAGGAAGGUGGGUAAAGUUACCUCCCUGACGGUGUCCCCGGGUGUUGAAAACAAGCUGACACUUCAGUACGGAGGCUCUGUUCAGGCAUGGACUUUCAGAAUCACCCCAAGUACGAAGUUCACUAAAAUCAGAGGCCGGCAGAAACCCAGAGAGCAACCGGCGAAUGCCACUAAGGGCUUCCUGGACUCGAUGAGUCCCACUGAGGUGUUUGCAUGUGAAAACGGCACAUUAUUCUUCCACCAGGAUGAAAACUUCUUCCUUGCAAUUGGCCACACUAUGCGUCUCCCUGUCAAGCUCGAGUCCAGGACUUCCUCCACGUUGCUGGUAUCCUGGGUGGAGAACCGCCCAGCAGUCAACAACAGCUCCACGGUGACCCUGUACCACACCGACCGGGGCUCCUUUAACGCUCUCAGCGUGGACUCUACCAACAGCAACCACUACAGCUUCGCAGCUCUGGAGGCCUGCAGCUCCUACGUGCCCUGUGUGGAGACCGAAGGCACUCGCUCCUUCACCUGCCUCUCUACUAUCACCAACCCAGACCUUCCCGAGGACUUUAAGAUGACGUCGUGGAACAGCAGCAGCAUAUCGUUGGCCUGGGACUGCCCCGAGAAGUUCUCCUCCUUCCUCCUCACCGCCUUCUACCUCAACGGCACAGACCACAUCACGGAGAAGGUGCUCUUUUGGCACAAGGAGGACAACUCUGUGUUCACCCUGUCUGACCUGGAGCCCUGCGUCAGGGUUAAGUUCAGCCUGCAGACUGUUUGCCAGGCGGGGAUGGAGUCCCGCUACAGCAAGAUGGUCCUGAACGAUGGAAACUCUGCUCACUCCAGCAUCGAGGCGUUGCGUCAGACGUCCUUCGGCCCCGACAACUACACCGUGAGCUGGGAGGUGAGGAACACCUCGUCCAUCUCCGUGUUCAGAGUCUACCACGAGGGGGCGCUGCAGGGCACCACGCUCCUCACCAACUUCACCGUGGAGGGGGUGCUGCCGUGCCAACAGCACCGGGCCAAGGUGGAGGCGCUGUGUGGAGACGGCGUGCUCAUGAGCGCCAAGACGGUCACAGCCAACACGGGACCUCACGGCGUGUCCGAGCUCAGAUACCGCUCCAACGACUCCACCGCGAUGUGGAUCCCACGCGACACCCACCAGCUGGCCGUGGCCUUCUUAUACGAGCUGUCUCUGGAGAACGGCACCACCAUCCAGAGCAGCCGUGUCGCCGAAACGGAGUUGCAUCUCUCGGGGCUGGAGGAAGGGAAGACCUACGUCCUCGACGUGUGGGAGGAAUGUGGUGGGCGGUGGGAGUCGGAACAUUCUCACGUGUGUUUUGAGGGAACCAAUUCAUCCUUAGACCACCUUCUGAGGGCUGGUGGACACGCUCUGGACCUAGAUCUGCAGUUGGAUGUGUCCAACAUGGCUCUCACUAUGGUCGUGCCCUGGUCACUGCCUGAGGAGCUACAGGACGACGCGUCAGAACCCAGAGCUAAGAUGGGCAAGAUUUUCAAAGAUAAGCUGCAGGAGCUGCUGAAAGACUUCGAGCUGCCGGCCCGCGUUGAGCUGGCAACCUUUGAGCCUGCAGCAGAGCCAGACAAAACCCAGGUUCUGUUUAUGUCUUUUGAUGCGUCCGCCACUGAAGAAGACGUGCCUUUACCUGUCGAGGACCUGCUGGAUUACAUCGAGUCCCUGAAUACGAGCAACGUGAAGGUUACAGAUGGGGUCGUUCACUGGGUCGGUCCAGAUCUGUGUGCUUCCUCCAGGCGAACUCCGUGUCCUCGCGAUUCUCUGUGCCUCAACACUCUGGGCUCCUUCACCUGUGUGUGCCAACACGGACACUACGAUGUGAGCUCAGUCAUGAAGCGUCCUGCGGGUUCACGUCCUGUCUGCAAUGAAAAAGGCCUUUUCAGCCGGUGUCUGGAUAAGGUGCUGAUUGGUGGAAUAGCAAAACCCUACCUGACCUCUCACAUCGGGGGAAAGGUUGACGUGCGGCUGAACGACGGCCGAUGCACGGUGGAGGAGAGCGGCGUGUUCUACUACUUCCGCACAUCACGAAAAGCCUCUGAAUGUGGAACUGAGAGGCGGGUGAACAAAACUCACAUGGAAUUCCAAAACACUCUGACCGUGACCUUGACGAGGGAGGAAACCAUCAGCAGGCGGGAUCUAAACGUCGUCUGGAAGUGUGUCUACCCGCGGCAUUAUGUUCGCAACGCUCACGUCGGUGUGGAUAUGCUGUGGCUCUCCUCCGUCUCCCUGGUGGAGUUCAACUCGUCACUGCAGCUGGGCCUGACCAUGAGCCUGUACACUGACGGGUCCUACACCGACAGCUACAGGGAGAUCAUCGCCCUGGAGUCGACGGACACCCUGUACCUCCAGGUGGCCCUGCAGACCAACAACUCUUUUGCUUCAGACGUGCUCCUGCAGGUGGAGUCCUGCUGGGCCACCGAGAGCGCCGACCCACAGGACUCGGUUCGGGGUGUUCUUCUACAGGAUGGCUGUGCUGUUGACGACACGUUCCACUGGCUCUCUGUUAACGGCCUGGCACAGAACAGCAGGUUUUCCAUCCAGAUGUUCACCAUGCCCCAGCAGUUGCCCGUCUACAUCCACUGCCUGGCCAACAUAUGUGGACCUGAGGAAGACUGUACGAAGAGUUGCACCAGCCGGCAGCGCAGCAAGAGGUCAGUGAGUCGGACGGGCAGAGAGGGAACACGAGCUGCCGUCGUGUCGGCUGGACCGCUGGUGGUCAACGAGAGGGGGACGUCAGGAGUCCCACCGUCUCACUGGGCAGAGCCGGUGACAAUGAUCUCCAUCGUGGCCGGAUCUAUUGGCUUUUUGGGAGUAACCGUACUCUCAGUGAGUGCAACCAAAGCAAUCAUGACUUAUUUUGAGCAGCUACGGCUGCAAUAAAGUGUUUGGAUCACCGUC